AUGGACGGUGCAGGAAUGCCAGUUUUAGGCGCCCUCGGUGCAGACACUGCUAAGGGAAUAUCUGCUGUAGCUUCUAGAUUACUUAAUACAAAGACGGUUAAAUUUCAAAUUAUCAAUAAAUCUGAUGUUUUCUUGUUCAAUAUGAAGAAAUAUGGCGACCUAUCCACCCUCGAUACAGGAGAUAUUGUCAGCCCAGACUCGAGUUCUUUCUUGAGUUCUCAGGGGAUCAAGAACACUUCAGGGGUCAUCACUUUCAGAAUAGAGAAGCAUAAUUUAGCUGUAGCUCUUGCCUGGUCUGUGGGAAUAUCAAAUAAUCUUAAAUAUAAAUGCAAGUUAGCCAUAGGUAUCAUACAGAUAAUUGAGAGUUAUACUGAAGAAAUAGAUCUAAUAAUAUUAAAGAAACUCUGGAAGGAAAUGAUUGAUGAACAGUGUAAGAAACUGAAGAUUCUGACUGUUGGAGUAUAUAAAAGAGUUGAUGAUGAUGAGGAAACCGGAGGAAAACUGCAGUUGGAGUGGUACAGAGAACCAAAGCUAGAAGAUUUGGAGAGGAAAAAAAUCAUUUUUCUUUUCUUUAUAUUUGAUAAAAAGAUAGAUAGAUAGAUUUGUGGCAAAAAUCUCAUUAUAAACAACACUUCACAAACAUAGUGUUUUGUUGACAUUUGCGUUAUUAAUAGAAAAUAAAAUAUAACAAGCAAAUAUUAUAGUAAAUAUGUAUUCAGAUUUUGACCACAAAAACUCUUGUAAAAACAAA